AUGCGGCUCAGUCAUAUUUUUGAUAAAAAAGUUGACCAAAACGAAAUUGAAUCAAAAUACCUUUGAAAUCUCCACAAUAACGCAAUAACGAAAAUUAUACAUAGAAUAAAUCUCAUUACAUUCAAAAUCGACUAUUCUCUAGUAUUCACAGAAUAUGAUUCAAUUUUGAGCUGCACAGCGAUCCCAAAUAAUCAAAUUUAUGGGAUGAAGGUUAAAAAGUUUAGCAAAUAUCACCAAUAUCUCUACUUAUCUGAUGAGAAUUUCAACAUUAAAGAAAUCGAAACCCCUAUAAAACACCCUUCAAUUCGCCAUUAUUUCGUCUCUUGCUUUUAUGACGAUAGAAAUAGAAUGGCGAUGCCACUGAUCCGUCCUCUCCUUGAAUGUUUCGAGUUUGGGGACAUUGCUGCAGCCUGAAGCUAAACCGAGCAGGAAAUGGAGUUUACAGGCACUGGGCAUUUGUGUUCCAGUUGGGUUUUGCCUCUCUCAUCCAACAAUGAAGAUUUUGUGUCUUCCAGAUAGCAUUUGGGAAGAAAGGCUUUUUACCCUAGAGACCACUAGUUCCGACGACGAAGACAUAGCUGGUACCGAUACUAACUAGAGAGUUUAUCCCUAGCUCGAACUCUAGUCACUCAAGCAACAGCUGCCAAGCAUACUCCAAGGUUCGAGGCAACAUUAAGAACCAGGUUGAAAACCGAGGAGAGCUAUCCCUUGUGGAAUACCGAUAUCCAGGGAAUUUCGCGAGCAGCUGAGCGAGUCUCCUACGAAGACUUGUCUCGGGUGAGACAUAAAGAAGCCCCAAUCUAUAAUUAAUAUUAAUCCUAAUCCUUUUACGACGAUUCUAUUUUUAUUUUUGAGAGUGAGUAUAAUUUUGGCCUAGGAGACAACAAAGUCCAUAAGGCCAGUAGAUUUUUAAUUUCCAAAAAUCAGUGGGUUCAUUUAACAAAUUUUCCUUUUGACUUUCUUACUUCAUGCACUGGACUCAACCAAAAAAUAAUUAUUUCUACAGAUCAGCCUGGGCUAUGGAUAUAUGAUAUUUGUUUAGAUUCUUAUACUCAUCAUCUUCCAAUAGCAGAUAUCAAUGUAACUGUUGAGCACAAAUUUAUUAAAUUCUCUGGUAGGCUUUAUAUGAUAAUGCUUUCUCAGGUUAGCAAAGUUUAUUCUUGUGAAGAUCCUUUGUCAGAGUGAAAAUUUGAGUGUGAUUUCAAAGACCAAAUAUUUGGUCAAGAAAUUUUCCCUCAUGUUUUUUAUGAAGGAUCUAUUUAUUAUCUUAGAGGAGCAACCUUGUAUGAAUUUUCUCUCUCAAAAUUUGAAUCAAAAGAAGUGAAGACUUAA